AUGCCCUCGUCUAUUCGUGCAAAAGAAAAAGUAACUAGAAUAUAUACAGGGCCCAAAAUUAUCGUAGAGAAGUCACAAAAUCUCCCAGUGCCAAUCAAAAUAUCACUCAUAAAACCAAAAACUCGUACUUCAUCUAUAAAGAAACCUACGGCGGUAAAUUUUCUAAAAGCAAACUGCUUUCGAAGUAAACAUGCCGCAGCCCCUCAACCGCCAUUGAGAAGAUUCAGAACACCAAUAUGUCGAUGGUUUAGACGAAAACGGGCGCUCAACCAACUAAUAAAAGAACAUAAAAAAGAGGUAAAAGCUGUUGCCAAGAGGAAACAGGAAAAAUUUGAGCGAGAACGCCUGAAAGAUUUCAUUCGCUGGGAAAGUCUUAAGCCGAAAAUAUCGCCGAUCGAACAACCGAAACAUAAACCCUUCUUCCAUAACGCUUUUAAAUCACCUAAAAGUGAAAAAACACAACCAAAACCAAUAAAAUUAGAACCGACGCACAAAGAUUCAAUAAACUGGGCUAGAUUUAAACGGAAAAAAUCGCAACACAAAAUUGAAAGACCUAAUUCACCUUCAACUAAAGUCAAGCACAAGCCGCCUGAACCAGUCAAAUAUAACCAGCUAAAUACAGAUGCCACAGUCAAAUACAUGACAAGUCCGAUUGUAGAGAAACAACCUAAACUCUACUACGACCAACCAAUCUAUGAACUUCCUCGCAAAUAUGAACCUAUUCCGAAAGUUGAGAAGAAAUAUAAAGCACCUGUCAUUGUUGCAAGAGAAUGCAGGGGUUUGUGUAUAAGUGAAAAACCCGCUCAAGUGCAACCAGCUAAAAAAUCAAAGUCCGUUUACGUUAAGAAAUACAAUCAUCGAGAAUCGUUUACAAACAAAUUCGUCAACUGUUUCUACCGAGUUUGCUGCCAAUUCUAUUGUUACCUCACUUGUAUAAUUAUCAUCGCAUGCUGUGUUAUGUGUCUCAUAUAA